UCAAAAUGUCCGUUCGUUGUGGAAUUUGAAUGUUGUGAUUGUAAAACUGCUAAACAGUGUUAAAAAUUGCAUCAUUUGAAAUCGCUGUUGAAGCCAAAUGUACCGUUCAGGAGAGAUGGAGAGACCCAAGGAGAGGGGAAAGCACAGAUUGCGCGUGGAAAACGAGAUGAUCAGGAGGAGGGAAAGGGAGUUUUCCCACCAGCAGAUGUGGGGCAGCGCGGAAAAGUACUACAAACACUGGGAGAAGGCCAAUACUAAGUUCGACGAGUGGACCUCGCCCCGGUACUACAAAGACAACAACAGGCUCAUGUCCGAAAUCACGCAGAAACGAGAAAAGGGGGAACGGCUGGAAAAAAGGAGAGAAAAACUGAGGCAGCUCCUACAGGAAGAGCAGAGUUCGUUCGAAAUCGAACUCAUGGUGUACAAGAACAAGAGCCUGGUCGACCGGAGUCCCAGAAUCAAACCUGAAGACAUUCCUACGGACGUACUGAAGGAAAUCAACACGGGGAUAAGAUUAAAAGAAGAGGAGAGGAGGAGACACGAGGCGGAGACCAAGUUGUACCACCAGUGGAGGAAGAACAACCCCAUAGUGCGACAGUAUGAAAGCAAGUACCGCUGCAAGGACAUAAAGUUGAGUUGGCUGGACCAACAGAUAGAAAAACGUAUGCAGAAGGAAAAAGAAGAGGAGGAAGCCAAGAGGACACUCAGAGAGCGCGACGAGAGAAUCAGGAAGGAGAAGGAAAAGGAAGAACGGUUUAAAAGGCAUUUGGAAGAAAGAAGGGAGCAAUUGAAGGCUGAUUUAGAAAAACAGGUCCGCGAAUUGAAGGGAAAGCAAGCUUUAAGCGAAGGAUUGAGAAAGUUGGACGACAAGGAAGGCAAGAGGAAGGCGGAACUGGCGGAGAUCGUCGAAAAACAAGCGCAAGAGGAGAGGAGAAGAAAAGAAAGGGAAUGCGCCUUGUACAAUUUGAAACAGCACAAGUUAAAACUCAAACAGAAAGCAGCUGAUGUACAGGAGAAUCUCGUCGCAGAAAAAGCCCUAAUAACUAAACUGAAGGCGCUGGAAUUGGAAGACAUAUUUCAAGACGAGCUAAAGAAGAGGGAGAUACGCGAAGGCUUAGACCAAUUCUUGGAGAUCGUAAAGGAACAGCAAGAACUGGAAAGGCAGAGGCGACGUCAUUUAGAAUUCUUGUUCGACUCGGAGGCUAGAGCCAUCUACGAGAAACAAACCGAGAUGUGGAAGAGAGAGGAACUCGCCAGACAGCAGUUGGUGAAGGAAGUAAUAGAAACGAUCGGGAGACAAGUGGAAGAUAACCUGGGGAGGAACAAGGAAAAGCAAAGACAGAUUAUUCUGGAGAGGGAAGAGAUGGCGAGGAAGAUCGAGGAGUGCAACGGCGAACUGGAUAAGCUUAAAGUAGAGGAAGAAGCUAGGAAGGCCGGUACCAGGAAGAUGAUAGAGGAGGACGUGAAGGUGAAGAACGCCAGGAAGAAGCAGCAGGAGAAUAUUAAGUUGAGGGAGAUCGACGAGGAGUUGGAGAGGAUCAGGAAGGAAGAGGAGAGGUUGCAGAGGGAGAUUUUGAGGAUACAGCAGAGACAGGGCCCUUACAGGCCGCCAAGAAGCAGGUUGUUCUUUUGAGGUUGUCGCUGUGAUACGAUUUAUUUCGUUGUAAGUUUCGCAUGUGUUAGUUGACGAGUGUAAUUGCCUAUGUGAUA